AUGGCAUCGUAUAGUAGUCGGACGAUCCAUUCUCUUACAGGCGGGACCAACGCAACGGAUCAAGCAUCUGCAGAUAUCAUAGCUCUUCAUGGUCUAGGAGGCGACUGGAAUCGUACCUGGAGCUCCUUCGGAUACUGCUGGCUCAAGCACGCCCUCGUACCCAAGUUCCCAUCAUGCAGAAUCCUAUCUCUCAACUUUCCAGAUAUGCUCUCUAUUUUGUCAGCACACCCUCCUGACAUAAAUGGUCUCAUUCACGAUAUCAUCAGAGACCGCCGUCAAGAGAACCGCUCAAAGUCACCCAUUAUCUUCCUCGGUCAUAGCUUUGGUGGCACUGUUCUCAAACAGAUGUAUGUUGCUACCCACCCCUCCAAUACAGAUGAUCCAGAGUACAAAGCACUUCAUAGCCAGAUUCGUGGUUAUGUGUUCUUUGGAACAAUCCAUAAAGACAGAGACAUGAGUCGGGCUAAGCUUGAAGUCCCAGAAUUUUGGAGAGCUUUGAGUCGUGGAGCUUCAGGCACAUUGGGUGGUCAUUCCCAUGAGUUGGAAAAGGCAAUGUAUACCACUUUUCGUGUGAAUCAUGCCUUUCGUCGUCUCGGUGGAGAGAACCUUCUCAUCAACUGCUUUUAUGAAACCAAGGGACCCGGCGGACUGAGUAGACGUGUUCUCAUUACUCAGGAAGAAUCAACUCUGGUCUCCCGUCCUGCUCCUACCAUGCCCUUGGAUCUCGACCACCAGUCUCUCGUCUGCUUCAAAAGUCCACGAGAUGAAAACCUCGCUCGUGUACUCGGCGCUCUUGAUUCGUUCAUGACUCGAGCAAUGGACGUCGAAACUCGACUGCAUAGGCCUAUUGCGCCUGUAUCUCGGGGUCUGUGUCUCUUGUCACUUGAUGGAGGCGGUGUCAAGGGGUUGUUUAGCAUCAUCAUCAUUGACCGGCUGAUGCAGGAGACACGUCGCCUUGAAGGCCCUGGUGCAGAACACAAAAAGCCCUGCGACUAUUUCGACCUCAUUGGCGGCACAAGUACAGGAGGCUUACUGGCAAUCAUGCUCGGUCGGCUCCAGAUGGACACUCAGCUCUGUAUUCAAGCUUACAAGUCACUGUCCAAGGAAGUGUUCUCUAGGAAAUUCAAGGUCCCCUUCCUGGAAAGCUUCCGCAAAGCUAGCAAUGUCGCUCUAAGCUGGUCAUGGUUUGAUGGCGAUAAACUCAAAGAAGCCGUUUGUCGUACCGUAAAAGAAAACCUUCUUCCCAGUGACUCGGCUAUGCUGAGGCAAAGCGGCUGCACAGUGGAGGACCUGACUCUCAUCACCGACAUGAAGUCUGCUACGUACUCUUUCGUCUGCGCCGUGCCCAAGUACGAGGAAAAGGUGAAGAGAAUACGAUCAUAUGAACCCCUAGACCAACAAACAAAUGCUCCCACUGAAAGGUUCAAGAUCUGGGAAGCCGCACGAGCAACCUCGGCAGCGCCAAUGUACUUCCCACACAUAGAAGCCGGCGGCGUUUCUUACUUCGACGGUGGACUUGAGAGCAACAACCCCGUCAUAGAAGUAAUCGAAGAAGCGAAACAGGAGUUCCCGGAUGACAAGAUUUCCACCGUGAUUAGUGUUGGUACUGGUGCAUACCGAGCCUCAGACGCAAGCGCAGGGCUUGCAGGUUUCAUGAACUACAUGAUCAACAUGGCCACGAGCACAGAGAAGCAUCACAGAGCUGUUCUUGAAGACCCGAGAUUCGCAGAUAUCAGGAAGGAAGGGUACUUUCGACUCAACGGGACGCUUGAACUCGGAGCCAUUGACCUCGCCGCUGUGGAACGAAUGGAUGAGAUUGAAUGUCUGGCCGAGGCCUAUAUGAGUUCAAAUGAGGGUCAACAACAAAUCGGCAUGUGUGCUGAGCGUCUAGUUGAGAGGGCAAGACACCCCUGAACCCUGAACCCUGAACAAGGUCAGCAUCUAAUCUGCAUUUGGCGACCAAGACAACACAUACGACCAUACCUACCAGAAAAUACGGGAUCCCGUCCGCU